GGAGUCGGAACCGUGCAACAGCGUCGUGCUCGCGGCUCGCUCCCGUCUCGGCUCGUGGACCACCGGAGCGGCGUUCUCUUCAGCUCGCUGCGUUGCGGCGGAUUUGAGGUUUAACACGGGCGACUACGGCGGCAGGAACAGACCAAACUCUGCUCGGUUCAGUUGGUUUCUUCCCUCUGCUGUGGAAAACUCCGAGGGAGGCCCGCAGUGUGCGCUCCGCCUCCCGCAGGCCUCCAGCCCGGACUCCCGCGUUUCCGCAGCAAAAUGGACGGAUUCACCGGCAGCCUAGAUGACAGCAUGUCUGCUGCCAGCGUCUCAGACGUCAACGACCGUCUGUCUGCGCUGGAGCUGCGUGUGCAGCAGCAGGAGGACGAGCUGAUGGUGAUGAAGGCCGCUCUGGCUGACGUCCUUCGUCGUCUCGCUGCCUCCGAGGAUUCUGCCACCGCCGCAACAAUGAAGCAACAGAGGGGGAAAGGUGGAGGUCCUCUCCGCGAAGCUUACUCCUUGUCCUGCAUCACCAAUGGAGGCACACCUGGACGGAAGAGGGACUCUGCCUCUGUCACCAGGAAGGACACAGUUUCAUCAGCUGCUAAGAGUGGAUCAGACAGGAAGAAGGAACUCAGCAGUCAGCUGUCUCAGAUGGAGGAGAUCCAGGAGCACGAGGUGGCUCCCCACCCUCAGGAGUCCUCCCCCAGUCCUUCCUCACCCCAGAACUCCCCGAGACCAGCCCAUACCUCAGACAGCAGCAAAGGCCACACAACACCUAAAAGGGGUCCUAGUGUGAAGCGGUCUUCAGGAAUGGAGCGCUCUCAGAGCACCACAUGGGACUCCUCAGAGGACAACCGGAGCAAACUGGUGAAGGCUGCGUCCACCUCCAAGCUGUUGGCCAAAGCUGUGAAGAACGCCGACAAACAUAAAGAGCCAGUGGUGAGUGCAGCAUCCAAAAUGUCCACUCGAGAGAAAAACAGCCAGGCAGAGGGGAAUCACAUAAAGAUGUUCAUGCGUGGCAGACCAAUCACGAUGUUCAUCCCGUCAGAUGUGUUGAACUAUGACGAUGUCCGAACUGAACUUCCUCCUGAGAGACUUAAGCUGGAAUGGGUGUACGGUUACCGUGGCAGAGACUGCAGAGCAAAUAUCUACCUCCUUCCAACUGGCGAAAUAGUUUACUUUGUGGCAUCGGUUGUGGUUCUGUUCAACUACGAGGAGCGGACUCAGAGACAUUACCUCGGACACACUGAUUGCGUGAAGUGUCUGGCCAUUCAUCCCGACAAGAUCCGCAUUGCCACGGGGCAAAUUGCUGGAGUGGACAAAGAUGGACGGGCACUGCAGCCUCAUGUCCGGGUCUGGGACAGUGUCAGUCUCUCCACUCUGCAGGUUAUCGGCUUGGGAACGUUCGAGCGAGGCGUUGGCUCUCUGGCUUUCUCCAAAGCUGACUCGGGUCAGCACCUGAGCGUGAUUGAUGACUGCAACGACCACAUGCUGACUGUUUGGGAUUGGCAGAAGAAGUCCAAGAUCGCAGAGAUCAAGACCACCAAUGAGGUGGUCCUGGCAGUGGAGUUUCACCCCACUGACCCAAACGCCAUCGUCACCUGCGGAAAGUCGCACAUCUUCUUCUGGACCUGGAACGGAAACUCUCUUGUCCGGAAACAGGGGAUCUUUGGGAAAUACGAGAAGCCAAAGUUUGUUCAGUGUCUGGCAUUCCUGAGGAAUGGAGACAUCUUGACGGGAGAUUCUGGAGGAUACCUCCUGGUUUGGACCCGCAACUCUGCUGACGCCCCUCCUGCAAAGGGACCCAGAGCCUUACAGAUCAGUCGGCAGGUGGCGGCUCAUGAGGGAAGUGUUUUCUGCAUGUGUGAGAUGAGGAGCGGCUCCCUGCUGACCGGUGGAGGCAAAGACCGGAAAAUCAUCUUAUGGGACCACGAACUGCGAGCAGAGCGGGACAUUGAGGUUCCGGAUCAGUAUGGAACCAUCAGGGCAAUAGCUGAGGGAAAGGGGGAAGAGUUCCUGGUUGGAACGUCCCGCAACUUCCUCCUGAGAGGAACCUUUAAUGAUGGCUUUCAGGUGGAGGUGCAGGGACAUACCGACGAGCUGUGGGGUUUGGCGUCUCACCCUUCCAAGGAGUUGUUCCUGACGUGUGCUCAGGACCGGUUGGUCUGCCUCUGGGAUUCCACGAACCACAAGCUGCAGUGGAGUCGCUCGCUGCCGGAACAUGGACACUGUGCAGACUUUCAUCCCAGUGGAGCUGUGGUUGCCAUAGGAACCCAUUCCGGGAGGUGGUUUGUUCUGGACGCUGAGACUACAGACCUGGUGGGGAUCCACACUGAUGGGAACGAGCAGCUGUCAGUGAUGCGUUACUCCGUAGAUGGCACCAUGCUUGCCGUCGGAUCUCACGAUAACUUUAUUUACCUCUACAACGUGCUGGAGCGAGGACACAAGUACAGCCGAUAUUUGAAGUGCUCGGGACAUUCCAGUUACAUCACACACCUGGACUGGUCACCUGACAACAACUUCAUCAUGUCCAACUCUGGGGACUACGAGAUCCUCUACUGGGACGUUCCAAACGGCUGUAAACUGAUUCGGAACCGAUCCGACUGCAAAGACAUCGACUGGGCCACGUACACGUGUGUCCUGGGAUAUCACGUGUUUGGCGUUUGGCCCGAAGGCUCAGACGGCACCGACAUCAAUGCUCUGGUGAGAUCUCACAACAGGAAGGUGAUUGCUCUGGCGGAUGACUUCUGUAAAGUUCACCUGUUCGCCUACCCGUGCUCCACCUUCAAGGCCCCCAGCCGUAAGUACAGCGCCCACAGCAGUCAUGUGACCAACGUCAGCUUCCUCUACAACGACAGCCACCUCAUCUCCACGGGGGGCAAGGACACCAGCAUCAUGCAGUGGCGUUUGGUGGGGAAAGCUUCUCUGUCGCUCACAGACAGCCCCGUGACUAACUCCGCCCCCCGCCGGGCGGAGCCUGUCGUUGCCCUUUCGGAUCCCGUGCCUGCCACGCCAAUAAUGGAGCCCAACCCUCCCCCGACUGCUAACGGAAUCCAGAAACCCUCCCUGGAAGUGUCUCCCCUCACUGAAUUGAUCCCACCCUCUUCUGAGCUGACCCCGCCUCAUUCUGAGUCCACCCCUCCCCCCUCAGACAGUACGGUGAGUCUGAAGGACAGCCUGGAGCCAAGCGAUGACACGGCCACACCCAGCGAUGAGGGGUUGCCGCCACUAACUCCGCCCUCGUAAGAGGCAGACAGUGGGACACCAAAUGAACAGGGUGGGGGGCUGGACUGGGACUGUGGUCCUGUAGGUCUCGCAGUUUGAACCAUCGUGGCAAAUCCAGAGAAAAGUCCAAUCUUUCAUUUCUUUUGGCCGAAAUAUCAGAAUUUGUGCCUUUUUUAAAAAAAGAAAAAAAAAACCUUUCAUACAGAAAACGAGCAUGAAUCACACAUCUCUGUUCAUUUUUGUACCUGCAUCUGUGAUGGGGAGAGAGCACAGCACCCCCCCAACACGCUAAAGUCAGUGAAAAUGAAUACAUAAAUUCCCUUUUUAAAAAGAACAGAGGAGAGCAAAGAGAACCAGGAAGAGUCCACGCUUUUUUCCACAUUUUUAAUGGAUAAGAACAUUUUUCUUUUUAUAUUGAUCUAUCAAAUUAAAAUCCUAGAUUCUGUAAUAGUGAUUUAUUUAAUUGCAGCUAUUUCAAAGUAAAACACCAGAAAAACUUUUUAUUUGAAAUUCUGAGGAUCCUACCAGUUGUUUGAGUAUAAAAACAAAAACAUGGAGGAUUUUAUCACCAAUUAAAGAAACUUGUUUGACAAAUAACUGAGUAGUUUUAAGGUGUUUGUAAGCCUCUUUUCCUGUUAGAAACACGCUCUAAAAAAGCUGACCUCCAAAAUAAAACUGUGACUGCAGUCUGCAUGCCAUCGGUCAGAGUGAGACCUCUCUGCCGGAGGAUCUUUGCAGCACGUGUUUGUAUAUACUGCAGAUGCUCGUGUACAUUUCAUUAGGGGGCAGCACAACCCUCAGCAACACUGUCAAAUACUGUUCCUCAGCCGUCGCUCCCCCACCUUCGGGCACAAAGCUGAACGAAAGGAAACGUAAUGGGGAGACACAGUUAACGAACAAUUGCUGCUGUUGUCUUUGUCUCUUCUGGACUUUUUUUUCUCUGUCAGUCUGGAUGUGGAGGUCUGAGGGUGGGGCAUAAGCGUGGGUGGUGGGGCUUCUUCUUUACUUCUGUUGCAUUUUGAUACAGUCACCAGUUUUCUAUAAGGCCCCCCCCCCCCCCCCUCCCCCCGCUCAGAGUUCAGGAACUCACCUGGGCGUUCAAGAAGGGGGCGGGGCCAUUGGCCGCAGGGUGAAACGGGAUGGGUGUCAGUGGUCGAGUAGGCGAAGUUUAAGAUAUUUCAUUAUCAGUGUUUGAUUGAAUUACUCAUGCUGUGAUUUCAUGCGACCGUUUUGAGCCAAUUGUCUUCUCGAAUGCAUUCCUGUCAGACGACAGACUGUACUGAAGAUUUCAAGAGAAAUAAAACUUUUGCAAACGACGA